AUGAAAGAGCAAUAAUAUAAAUCUUUGCAUGAAACUAACAUAAGAUGGUUUUUACUUUUUUUAACAUGUAUAUUUUAGAUUGGUUGUUCAAUAUGCAUUGAUUUUCCUUUUGUUCUUGCAACAUAAAUUUAAAUUAGCUUUAAUGUUGGUUAAUAAGAAAUUAAUUAUCUUUAUGCAAUCUAUUCUAUGCCUAACAUUAUCUUACCUUUUUUUGGAGGAAUCAUUAUAGAUAAAAUAGGAAUCAGAAGUGCAUUACUCAUUUUUUGUUCUUUUUUGAUUCUUGGAUAAGGUGUUAAAAAUUAUUAUUUUAAAAGGUUUGUGUGUAAAAGGAGCGUUAAAUAACGAUUUUAACUUAUUAGAAUUUGGAAUGUUCUUUCUAGGAGUAGGUGCUGAAGUAAGUUUGUUGGUUACUUAAAGUACAUUACUAACAAAAUGGUUUUUAGGAAAAGAGAUCUCUUUAGCUUUUGGGUAUAUAUUAAAAUGAUUUUAAAGAGUGCAAUUGACAUUUAUUAGAAUUGGAUCUAUAAUUGCAGUUAAUUCUCUUCCUUAAAUAUAUAUUAGAAAUGGAGAAAACUUUGUUGCUUGCAUGAUUUAUUGUUUGGUGAUUAUAUUAAUCACCACUUUAUCCUGCAUCAUAUAAACUAUAUUAGAUUACAUAAGUGAUAAAAAAGAUAAUGAUCAAAAUUCACUAUAAUCUAAAUAAUUAUUAGAAUAACGAAAACCAAUGUGCUGGAAUGAUUUAAAAGAAUUUGAUUAUGCCUUCUAUUUGAUUUCUUUUAGCUGUAUGUGCGGAUAUUGCAUCUUUCUAAUACUUCAAUUAAAUGCCCUUCGAAUGUUUUAAAUAAGGUUUAAAUCUUUUAUAUUUUAAGAUACAAUUUAACAUUUGCUUUCUAAACUUUAUCCUAUAGUUUACCUUAUUUAAUUUGUAUUAUUUUAACACCAAUAAUGGGCCAUAUUAUUGAUAAGUUCGGUAAAAGACCACUUUUUUUAAUUCUUUCUGGUUUUUUGGCAACGCUUUCAAUUCUCAUUUUUUCAUUAAAUGUUGAUUGUUAAAUUUAGAAUGAGUGUUUAAAUUAUGUAAUCACUGCAUAAAUAAUUAAUGGAAUAUAUUUUGCUAUAUUUGCUCCUUUGAUUUGGCCUUGUAUACCUAUUUGUGUAAGCUAAAAUGCAAAGGGAACUGGAUUUGGGGUUGUUUGUUCAAUGUAAAAUGCUGGCUUAACUAUUUUCCCAAUUAUUAUAGGUAAAAUUCUAUCCGAUGAGAAUCCUAGGAGCUAUUAACAUAUGGUUUAUUUUCUUGGAUUAAUAGUAAUUCUAGCAAAUAUUAGCAACAUUAUUAUUUAUUUUUAUGAUAUAUAUCAUGACAACAAACUUAUGAAGCCAACAAUUAAAUUAUCUGAAUAUGAAGUCGUUUCAGAAUAAGAAGAUGAAUGA